CUCAAACCGCAAUUGACUGAGAGUUCAGCAACGUAGCCAUUUUGCCAUCUGCUGGUUCCACAUUCAUACAGUUCUAACUUUCUGGAACUACUGAGCCUCAGAAGCCCCCACCAGGCCCACUCACCUCUCACAGCAGCUCCCGCAGCAUGAAGGUCUCCGUGACUGCCAUCUCCCUCCUCCUCCUCCUCCUCCUCGCCGUCAUGGCCCCAGAGGCCAAAGCCAACUCCUCCUCGCAAGGACCUUACCACCCAGCUGAGUGCUGCUUCACCUAUGUUACCCGCCCGGUCCAGCGUCAUCGGAUUGCACAUUAUUAUGAGACCAGCAGCGAAUGCUCCAAGCCCGGAAUUGUGUUCAUUACCAAAAAGGGCUAUUCCAUCUGUGCCAACCCCAAGGACGACUGGGUCCAGGACUAUAUCAAGGAUCUAGAGGAGAACUGAGUGACCUGGAAGUGGUGGAGAAGACACAACUCAGAGACCUAAUGAGAAGAAACCAGAGCCUCCUUCAUCCCCAACUCUCACCCCAGUCACCCCCAGGAGUUGUCCUACCUUGAAUUAAAGACCACAUAUGCCUUUCCCUGGCCUCAUUAA